UUCAGAGCGGCCCCAUUUUGAACAUUGUGUGUUCAGAGUCUUUCUUUUYUUUUUUUUUCUGUAAGRGAGAAAUCCCUGAUUUGACUCACGUGCUCAGCAGAAGGAAACGGGCUCAAAUGGAGAUAAGAGCUGGCGUCCCCUUUAUCCCGUGAUACUCAUCCACCCCUUUUCCCAGCAUUAUCCUCUGUGUCUCCCCCACUGCCCAGCUCUUGUGUGAGCAGCUCCGUAACUCCUGCCUUUGUCCUGGGAGGUCCUUCAAUCUCCCCUUUUGCAGGAGUUUAUUUCAGCGUGUGUUUUGUUUCAAAAUUCACCUGGUUUUCUACAGAGCAUCCCCAGUGCUAAGUAUUAAGUUUGGGAGCUGCUUUCACUGGCUGUAUCUUGGGCAAAGCUCAAAGAUACUGAUACAUUUGGAUUGCUAAUUGGGCUUUCCUAAUUUUAUUGUCUUUCUUUGGUGACAUGGGAGAUGCAGGUACUGUAGAGAUGAGGAAAAAAUUGCGUGAGAGCAAGUUGACAUCCUGGACAAUCUAGAAACCAGUGACUUGAUUUGUGGGAGCAGUUAAAUUUAUAUCCAGGUCUGAAAUGCUCCCUAGGUUCCUGCAGCAGAGAGUGAGGCCAUUCCUGUAGUAUGGAUUUGAGGUUUCGAUCCAUGUGCUGUCUGAAUGGAGCAGGGCUUCGUGGGGGCCCUUUAGCUUCACAGAACAGUCCCAGUGAAGUUUCUGGUGUAAAGUAUCUGCUAUGUGCUGGUUAAGGGAAUGCCUGUUUCCUGAAAAGUGACACUUCUACUGUUGCCUGAGAGAUCCUGGCCUCCAAGCACUGAGCCUGCGAACACAUGGAUUUGGGAGGUGCUCAAGGGGACGACAACGUGCAGUUGCAAGAUAGGAAUGAGAGGCUCUAUGUGGAGCUUGGAGACGUGCAGGAGAGGAUGGGGAAGCUGGCUGGCUCCAAAGCAGACUUGCCAACCAGACUGGUCUUCACCGAGGAGGAAAAGCUGAAGAUUUCAAAAGAGCUCCUUGAUCUUCAGAUUGAGACAAACAAAAUGAGGGAACAAUAUGAGACAGAGAACUUUGAGCUAAAAAAUAUGAUCCUGGCCCUGGAGAAUCGUGUGCUGGAGCUGGAGCUCUCUGGUGAGAAGGUCACCGGGGAGCGGGAUGCCUUGCAGGAGCGUCUGCGCGCCGUGGAGUCCAACCACAAGGAGCUGGCAGACGAGUACAUCAUCUUGAAAAGCAAUUACCUGGCGCUAGGCAAAGAGCUCGACCGAGAGGUCAUGAAGAACGAAGAGCUCAGCCUAGAACUGCUCAACGUGGCCAGUGCCAGGAACAACCGUCCCCCUGCGCGGGAUGACCAGGACCAUCCUCAAGCCCAGCCGGACGGAUCCUCGGCAGAGCUGGCAAGAGUGCGUGCGGUCGUGCACCGUCUCUCCGCUCGCAAGAGGAAGCCAGAAGAUGUAGCUGCCUCAGAACAGGAGCGGCAAAAGCUGGAGAGAAAUUUGCUUGGAAACCAAGAUCACAUAAAAGUGGAGCUUGAAAAGAUGAAGAAAACCUAUGAUUUGCAGCAGCAGAAGCUGGAGGAGAGAGUGCUCACAAUGGGGAAGGAGCUGCAGGAGGCGAAGCGAGCGAUCCGCGACACCCAGCACAGACUGGCGGAGCAGUCGGCGGUGCUGCUCACCGCCCAGAGCCAGCUCCGGGAGGUGGAGGCGGAGAAUUCCCGGCUGCAGCUUCGGCUGAAGGAGCUCAACGAGCAGUACCGCUCCCGGCUCACGCGGUACCUCAGCGACCUGGCGGAGUACAUGGACAGCAAAUCCAGCAACCUGAAGGAGCCUAGCAAAGGCCCAGCUAGCCAUGCUCACAUGAGGCGCUUUGUGGACAGCAUGCUGAAGGAUAUCAAGGCUUCUCACAAGUCUCGGGAGGAGCAGCUAGCUGGAGCAGCGCGUGGCUACAAGAAGCAGAUGAGAAACUUGGUCAAGAAGCAUGAAAACCUGCUGAUUGCUUACAGGAUGCAGCGGGAGCAGAUCCAGUCCCUGGGCAGCAGUGAUAUGGACUCUGGCCCUGCUGAAUUCCACUUCUCCAUCACAGAUCCAGAGCUGCUGACAAACACAACCCAAGAGCUAAACCGGCUGCGGGAAGAUAAAGCCAGACUGGAGAUGCAGUUGCAUGAAUUGCAAGAGAAGAGAAGACUGAGAGAAACCUCUGGCUUUGGGCUGUCCCUGGAGCAGAAGUUGGAUGAAGAAGGAUGGGCAGAGAUCAAGAAGCAGCUCCAGGAGUUUGCACAUACCACCCAGGAGGAUUUGGAGAGAGAGAGAAGCCAGCUGCUGACUCGGGCAAUCGUGGCAGAGGAGCAGGUGUCGGAGCUAGAGGAAUACAUCGAUAAGCAUCUUGCAAGAUACAAGCAGGAGAUCCUCCGGCUGAGAGAACUCGUCGGCAGUGAAGUACCACGUGCACUCAGUGCUGGUGCUGCUGACACUCACUCACAACAGAGAUCCCAAAGGACCAUCAGCCAGGAACUGUAGCUCUUCCCCAUACCUCCAAGAAGCAUCAGAAUUGGCAGAAAAAGCGGGGCUUUAAAGCUUUCUGUCUGUGGACUGGAUGAGGCAAGUACUCAUUCCCCGACUGAGGGCUGGGACACAGAGAAGGAAACCACGUGGGUGUUCUCAAAUUAACAGUACUAAAAUGGGACAAGACAACUGUGUCUCGUCUGUGCUCUGACCCCUUAACUGUAGGAACGGUUCUGAUGUUCCCUGAGCACAUCACAGCUGGGGACAUGAGGUCACUUUCCCAGGCAGCUUUCUACUGCGUGACUGCAGUGACAGGUCCCCAUUCUUAUCUUCUGCUAGGAUGGGGUGAUAACAUCUCUACCAGGUCAGACCCAGAGCAGAGUACUUGAGUCCAAGAGCUAACUCUGCUUCUGCCUCUGCUCCUUCUGAGCUUGUGGGGGAUGAGGCCAGGGAUGGUUCAGGCUACACUUUGGUUCUAAGAAGUUAGAUAAGGGGGUCACCUGCCCUUUUGUGGUGAGAAAACAUUCUCUGUGUUUGGUGGAGAGCUGGAGACAUGCCAUGCUGAAUCCUCUUCCA